UUCGACUUUGUCUCUUUAAUUUCCAUCCUUACCAACAUCAUACCUCUUCCACAUAACACUCCUUGCCUCUGGUCGACGUCUGGUAACCUAUAUACCCGCCGCUCAAUCAUGGGUAUCUCAACACAUCUUCAACGGCUGGGAAGGCCCAGGCGAUUCCUCUACACAAUGACCCUCUCGACCGGCGCAAGCUUGAUCGCGCUGUCAUUACUCGUCAACAAACUCGCCGGAUUCUAUGGCAUCCUGGCGCUCUUCACAGGCUACCAUCUUUCCCCAUUACAACUGAGCAUGUACAUCUAUUCCGUCCUCGGUCUGAUUUUGACCGCCUAUCUUAUGCCACAUAUUCGCAAGCAGUCGCCCUUGCAAUGCCUGGCGCUCGCGUGGUUCUACGUACUCGACAGCAUCAUCAAUGCGGCAUACACUGCCGCAUUCGCCGUGACGUGGUUCUUGGUACUGGCGCAGCACGACGCAGGACAGGUGGAAAAGAGCGGACCUGGGGCCGGCACGAUCGAUGAUACGAGCGGGUUCACCAACCCGAAAUACAAUGUGAGCGGCGUGGACGUCAUUGCAACACCUGCGUCGGGGCUGGCUGCUGGACAGGAUGCCGUUGCCGCGGGGGCGCCGGCCGCCGCUCCUGCUGGCAGUGGGAGCAAAGGGGCUUUACAAGAUGUCGUGUUGGGUACGGAGAGCAUGAACAGCAUUGGUGUCAUCAUCACGUUGUGGACGAUACGGGCGUACUUCUGUCUGAUUAUGCUCGCCUUUGCACGCAUGGUGAUUCGCCAGCACAUUGCAGCCAGUGGUGUCAAGACCGGCAGCAACAGCUACACCACAGCGUCGGCGAAUGCGAAUCUGGCGGAGAACCCUUUUGCUCAGAACAAGCCUGAAGGUCAAGGGUGGAGGGGCAGGUUGGGACGCGUCAUGCUCAAUAUUGGGCGGAGUUACUGGCUGGGAAGUGAUGAGCAUGAUAGCUGGAUGUAUGGAAUGAAAUUCCGCAAGAGCACCGAAUUCGGCAUCAUGUUGAACAAGGUUGAGGCUGGGCCAACGGAAAGGGAAAGGAGAAGAAGGUCUGGCACAGGACCAAUGGCGCCGGGUCCUGGGGUCACCGUAAAGGGAAAGGAGGAUGAUGGGACUUUGCAGGUUCCUGUACAGAAUGUGUGAGCUGAAGAGAUGGCGAACAAAUGUCGAGAGAUGGAUCUUCUGAAAGAGACGGGUUUGCUUGACUGUGAAGGUAUUGAAGGAGUUACAGGCGGGUGUAUUCUUAGCUAAAGGCAGGCAUGACAGGAGCAUCUGCGAAGCUGGCGUGUAGGUGAAUUUAUGAUAGAUAUAUAAUGAGCCUGGCAUGGCUCAUAUAAUAUAAAGGGAGCUCGCUAAGCGCGAUCACUACUGUGUCUUCGAG